UACAGGCUAGAAGCUUACUGUCCGUUCCCGAAAACUUUACGACGAAGUAUAACGAUGCGUUGCUGUGUGGCCGCGCUGUGGGUGUCAGCCCUCGCGACACUCGCUGUAGCCAGCGCCGAUCCCGCGCACGAUACUCCACCACAGGCUGACAAUGACGUACAACUAUCAGAAGAGGACAAAAGGGCAUGGGCCAGCUUACACGGGGGCGGCGGUUGGGGCAAACGGGGCUGGCAAGAUCUGAACUCGGCGUGGGGCAAACGCGCUUGGCAGGACCUCAACUCGCCAUGGGGCAAGCGUGCAUGGCAAGACUUAAAUACAGCUUGGGGCAAACGAGCGUGGCAAGAUUUGAACACAGCGUGGGGCAAACGCGGCUGGCAGGACCUUAACUCCGCUUGGGGCAAAAGGGGAUGGCAAGACUUGAACGGUGCGUGGGGAAAGCGCGCGUGGAGAGAUAUGUCGCAGAUCCCUUGGGGCAAACGGGCAUGGCAGGAUCUUAACACCGCGUGGGGCAAACGGGGCUGGCAGGACAUGAGCUCGGCUUGGGGCAAGCGAGGCUGGCAAGACAUGAGUUCCGCGUGGGGCAAGAGGACACCUGACAACUGGGCCAAUCUGCACGGCGCGUGGGGCAAGCGCUCGGCGGAGCCUGAUUACGAGGAUUACGAGCUUUACGCUGACCGACUCGCGCCACUACCACAAGUUGACUCCGAUCACGUUCUAGUAGAAGCCCCCGAAAAGAAAGCGUGGUCUUCACUACACGGGGCAUGGGGCAAACGGCCGAUCAAGCAGGCACAAUACAAUAGUGGAGCAUAUUACUGGAAGCGCGAGCCUGGCUGGACCAACCUGCGCGGGAUGUGGGGCAAGCGCUCUGCCCCCGGGGCAGACGACGAUGAGAACACAACUGGAGAGGAGGCCUAGAUCUGGACAUAGUAUACGAUAAUCCAAUCAUAUCGCAGCAUUAUGUAACUCAUACUUCUAGAAGAUUCUCAACACAUUGGCGGUAUCAGUUCCUAUUUGUUUUGUUCGUCUCAUCUCAUGUUAUCCGUACAAAUGUCACCUUCUAGAGAUAUAAGAUUAUUUUUAUGAUAUUAUAUGCUUAGUUGUAAGGUUGAGCCGGUGUUACUAUACGUUAGAUAAUUAAUAUUGUAAUUAAUAAUUGUAUUUUAUUAGUAAUGUUGAUGUAUUAAAUGGCUUCAUGACUUUAAUGUUGUCCAAUAAAAAUUUA